UCAGCACGUUUGCUAUAAAUAUUCGUUGAAGUUUCCAACUCUUCACAGUUUGUGCUCAACUGAAAACGGAUUAAGUACAUAUAUUGCGUGCGCUUAACAAUACAACAACCAAAUCGUUUUCUGUAAUACGCUUGCCGCGUAGCGAAAUCAGAUCAAAUUUUUAUUUAACUCAAUAUAGCCGUUUCAACACUUUAGUCAACAUGCACAUAAUCAACUCCAUGGUUUUCAUAACUUUAAUGAUGUUCUUAUGCCAAAAUACAUCUGUCAACGCACAACCAGUCGUCGAUGAGCUUACGACUUGUGAAGAUCAGUUGGCAAAAUAUCGCCGGUUUCUACUGCAAGCAAUACUAAGCUUUGAAGACGUUUGCGAUGUUUACGAUACGCAUUCAGUUAAUCCUUUCGAAGCGUUUUAUAGACAAGACCAGCAGGACACUGUUAACGCGCCUCUGUUCCGUGCCCUACAAGCUGGUAAUGCUGCCGCUGAGCAACGCAGUGAAAUUUGGGCUUUGUUCAAACUGCUUAUGGCACAAUUUAAUGACAUGGAUUUUGUGAAUAUCAUUAAAGAAGCUGUUAUUGACCGUUGCCGCAUCAAAUCGCAGCAACAGCAUGAUGAAAAGCGCAAUUCUGUUGUACUCGGCAAGAAGCAGCGAUUCCAUUCAUGGGGCGGCAAGCGUUCACACCUUGACAUGGACGGAUCAAGCAUGAAUAUGUUGUAAACGUGCAACAAAAUCUGCUGAAUGAUUACAUUGUACAAACUUUAUUCAUUUUUUAGGGCUGGAUACAUUUAAUUAUUGUAAAAAAGCACUUGCACAAAAACGCAUGUAAAUUUCAAUAUCUAUUUUAUGUUGUCUACACUGCAAUUACAUUAAA